AUGUCAGUCAAAUUCUCUUCGUCGGUUUCGCUAAUUUCUGUAAAAAGAUAUACGAUCGAUUUGCCAACAUUUUUAAUAAUUGGCGUUUUUAUAAUCAAUUAUUCUUUCGUCAUUCUUCCUAUAAAAAUCGGAUUUAAAGCACACAAAUUAUAUAAAAGAAGAAAAAGUAUAAUUUGCCAAACUAUAUAUGUAACUUUGAUAAGAACGAAGAAAUUCGUAGAUGACAAAGAAAUGAGACAACACAUUGAAAGGCACGUAACAACAAAGUUGCGAGAAGUCGCUUAUGCGCGUUUAGUACCGACUUCCACUCCUCAAAAUGGCAACAUUUUAUCCCUAAAAUAUUUGGUCAAACUGAUCGGUCUUAACGGUAAAGAAGAGUUGAUGAUUUCGGCGGAGAAUACUACCUCAGCGCUUUUUUUUUUCCAACAUCAAGUUCUUUUGGGUCAAAAUACACUUAAGUUAGAUGGAAGCAAUUGGCGUGAAAAAAUCCGGAAUGGCGAAAGUGUCGGAAAAAUUGAGGCAACUUAA